AUGGCGUCCUCAAAAGCACCACAGAUCAUAUUCGGCUGCGGCGGCCUUGGUAACGAAUUUGUCGGUGAGGAUGCCGUGCGAGAAGUCUUGGAAUUUUUGAAGGAAGCGGGCAUAGAUCGGCUUGAUACAGCCGCCUUGUAUCCGCCCUCGGACAUUGGUGCUUCGCAACGUCUCCUCGGAAAAGUCGGAGCAGCGCGACUUGGUUUCAUUAUUGAUACCAAAGUAUUGAUCAGCAUGUCUGGCUUCAAAGGGACUCUAGAGCCCGAGAAGAUCGCCAAGUCUAUCGCGGAGAGCUACGAGGCCCUGCAAUUCGGAGAUGGUCAACGUAUCAAUAUCUUCUACCCUCAUGCACCGGACGUAGCUACGCCCUUGAAAGAUCAGGCGGCUGGUUUCGAUGCACAAUAUAAAAAGGGAUUAUUUGACAAGCUGGGUGUUUGUAACUUUCCAGCCGAUAUGCUUGCCGAGUUCAUCGACAUCUGCGAGCGUGAGGGAUAUGUUAAGCCGACCGUGUACCAGGGUCUCUACAACCUCAUCGACCGCCGACAUGAAGGGCCGGUGUUUGAUCUGGUCCGUAAGCACGGCAUGCAGUUUGUGGCGCACAGUCCAAACGGCAGUGGUUUUCUCCGUGGUGCCCUAACGUCCGGCCAAGUCGAGGGGACGCGCUUCGCUAAGGGUAACAUCAUGUCAACGGACGCACGGCGGUACGACACUGACAAAAACCACGAGGCCAUCCGAUUCCUCAACAAGGCGCUUGAGCCGCACGGCAUCUCCAAGCCGGAAGUAGCACUACGUUGGCUCGCCUUUCAUUCAAAAAUAGGGCCACAAGAUGCCAUUAUUUUCGGGUCCAGCAAGCUUGCUCAGGUCAAACAGAAUGUGGAGGCAAUCCAGAAAGGCCCACUCCCGGAAGAUAUAGUUGCAAUACUGGAUGACGCUUGGAAUAUCAUCAAAUAG